CUGCACCCUAUAAUGCACAACAAACCUCACUCUGAGGAGCUACCAACACUUGUCAAUACCAUUCAACAAGAUGCUGACUGGGACAGCAUUCUGUCGUCUCAGCAAAGAAUGGUCACCUUGCCAAAAAAUAUUUAAUUUGGGGGAAGAUUUGGUUGUCAUAUUCUCUGAACCUCUGAAUUUAAGGUGAUGAAGUUGAUAAUACCACAAAAUAGACAAUAUUGAGCACAUUCAAUUCAGGGCACUACUAUAUAAGAGAUCCAGAGAAACAAAUUGGAACAUACCCAGGAAGAGAAUGAUCUGGAUGGCUGAACCAUGUCUUAUGAGGAGGAAAUGAAGAAAAUGGGGAUGUUUUGCCAGAAAAAGAAAAGAUACAAGGCUACUAUAAUGCUGUGUGAGUCAGAGAAUAAUAAGUUAUGUUCCCUAUAUUCCUUCCGAAAUACCUCUACCUCACCACAUAAGCCUGACGAAGGGAGUCGGGACCGCGAGAUAAUGACCAGUGUUACUUUUGGAACCCCAGAACGCCGCAAAGGGAGCCUUGCCGAUGUGGUGGACACACUGAAACAGAAGAAGCUUGAGGAAAUGACUCGGACUGAACAAGAGGAUUCCUCUUGCAUGGAAAAACUACUAUCAAAAGAUUGGAAGGAAAAAAUGGAAAGACUAAAUACCAGUGAACUUCUUGGAGAAAUUAAAGGUACACCUGAGAGCCUGGCAGAAAAAGAACGGCAGCUCUCUACCAUGAUUACCCAGCUGAUCAGUUUACGGGAGCAGCUCCUGGCAGCGCAUGAUGAGCAGAAAAAACUGGCAGCCUCACAAAUUGAGAAACAACGGCAACAAAUGGACCUUGCUCGCCAACAGCAAGAACAGAUUGCAAGACAACAGCAGCAACUUCUGCAACAGCAGCACAAAAUUAAUCUCCUGCAGCAACAGAUCCAGCAGGUUCAGGGUCACAUGCCUCCGCUCAUGAUCCCAAUUUUUCCACAUGACCAGCGGACCCUGGCAGCAGCUGCUGCUGCCCAACAGGGAUUCCUCUUCCCCCCUGGAAUAACAUACAAACCAGGUGAUAACUACCCCGUACAGUUCAUUCCAUCAACAAUGGCAGCUGCUGCCGCUUCGGGCCUCAGCCCUUUACAGCUCCAGAAGGGUCAUGUCUCCCACCCACAAAUUAACCCAAGGCUAAAGGGCCUAAGUGACCGUUUUGGCAGGAGUUUGGACACCUUUGAACAUGGUGGUGGCCACUCUUACAACCACAAACAGAUUGAGGUCCGGGCCAUAGACCAGUGUGCAUACUCGAAGACACUCAAGAAUUUUACCAUAAGGCUGAGUUUGCAGCUCUAUGCCGCUCAGCUGGCCAGCAUGCAGGUGUCACCUGGAGCAAAGAUGCCAUCAACUCCACAGCCACCAAACACAGCAGGGGCAGUCUCACCUACUGGGAUAAAAAAUGAAAAGAGAGGGACCAGCCCUGUAACUCAAGUUAAGGAUGAAGCUGCAGCACAGCCGCUGAACCUCUCAUCCAGACCCAAGACAGCGGAGCCUGUCAAGUCCCCAACCUCUCCCACCCAGAGCCUCUUCCCAGCCAGCAAAACCAGCCCAGUCAGCCUGCCCAACAAAAGCGGCAUCCCCAGCCCCAUUGCAGGGAGCCUGGGAAGGGGAUCCUCUCUAGGUAAAUGGAAAGGUCAACACCAGGAAGAGACUUAUGAAUUAGAUAUCCUGUCCAGUCUCAACUCCCCUGCCCUGUUUGGGGAUCAGGAUACGGUGAUGAAAGCCAUUCAGGAGGCUCGGAAGAUGCGAGAGCAGAUCCAGCGGGAGCAACAGCAGCAACAGCCACACGGGGUGGAUGGGAAACUGGCCUCCAUGAAUAAUAUGGGGCUGAACAACUGCAGGAAUGAAAAGGACACUAAUUUUUCUUCUGGAGCAUCAGACCUUCUGAAAUCAAAGAGGGAAAGAACGCGCUUUGAGAACUUGGGGCCCCAGCUAACAGGCAAGUCCAGUGAAGAUGGGAAGCUGGGCCCAGGUGUCAUCGAUCUCACUCGGCCAGAAGAUGCAGAGGGAAGUAAAGCAAUGAAUGGCUCUGCAGCUAAACUACAGCAGUAUUAUUGUUGGCCAACAGGAGGUGCCACUGUGGCUGAAGCACGAGUCUACAGGGAUGCCCGUGGCCGGGCCAGCAGCGAGCCACACAUCAAGCGACCAAUGAAUGCAUUCAUGGUUUGGGCGAAGGAUGAGAGGAGGAAAAUUCUUCAGGCCUUCCCCGACAUGCAUAACUCCAACAUUAGCAAAAUUUUAGGGUCUCGCUGGAAAUCCAUGUCCAACCAAGAGAAGCAACCUUAUUAUGAAGAGCAGGCCCGGCUAAGCAAAAUCCACUUAGAGAAGUACCCGAACUAUAAAUACAAACCUCGACCGAAACGCACCUGCAUUGUUGACGGCAAAAAGCUUCGGAUCGGGGAGUAUAAGCAACUGAUGAGGUCUCGGAGACAGGAGAUGAGGCAGUUCUUUACUGUGGGGCAACAGCCUCAGAUUCCAAUCACCACAGGAACAGGUGUUGUGUAUCCUGGUGCUAUUACUAUGGCAACGACCACACCAUCACCUCAGAUGACAUCUGACUGCUCUAGCACCUCUGCCAGCCCAGAGCCCAGCCUCCCGGUCAUCCAGAGCACUUAUGGCAUGAAGACAGAUGGCGGAAGCCUAGCUGGAAAUGAAAUGAUUAAUGGAGAGGAUGAAAUGGAAAUGUAUGACGACUAUGAAGAUGAUCCCAAAUCAGACUAUAGCAGCGAAAAUGAAGCCCCAGAAGCUGUCAGUGCCAACUGAGGAGUAUUUGUUUGCUGAAUUAAAAUACUCUGACAUUUCAUCUCCCCUUCCCCAACAAAAAGUUCUUAAAGAGCCCGCAUGCAUUUGUGGCUCUACAAUUACAUCAGCAGAAUGGUCUUAAUUAUUUUGUAAAGUGUGAGACAGAUUAAGUUUUCCCUGAUUUUUCAUGAACUUGAGUUUUUUGUCGUUAUUGUUAUUGUUGUUGUUGUUUUUUAAAUUUAGGUGAAGACAUAUUAAAUAUGAGACACCAGGACUUGAAAACUUAUCUCAACCCAUAGCUGUCUUACAAGUCUUAUAUUUUUGUCUUACUUUUUUUUCUUUUGGAUGUUGAUAAAGGUUUAAGUUACUGUUUUAGAUGGGGUUAAACAUUCUCACUCAGGUAUGCUGUGCCGGCCUACAGGUUGUGAAUGUGUUUUUAUUCUGAAUUACUUUAGAAAAUAACUGAGGAUUUCAUUUUGUGAAACAGAACAAGUCCACGGCGUGUGCAGCUGCAUGUAGAGCAUAUUCAAAAGGCCUCAGAAUUCCAUGUGUCCAUGUGUAGAGUUAAACUUUGAAUGUGCCAAACUUUUUCAUCACUUUUGAAUCUUAAUAUUUUGAAAAGUCUUAAAGGAGACACUGCAAAGUCUUAGACAAUCUUUGGCAUCUUAAAAUAAAAUAGCAAACCAGACAUUUUUUUUUCCAGAAAAAUGGUAAAGUACUCAGGAAUCUGGAGACAAGAUAUUGAAAGGAAUGAACAAGGUUGCCACAGUGCAUGUACCCAAUCGUGUUUGCCUCUUGACGUGCCAUCAGUGUGUAACGUGUAUAUGACGUGUGCACACCAGAGCGAUCACCACACCAGAUACCGACAUGGUGGUCUCCUCUGCCCGAGACCACCUCUCACUACAUCCAUCAUCCCUUUGCCUUUAACCCUGACAUUCAGUCUUAACACAUUUUUUUCUUAAAUAAUUUAUUCAUUCCAGAAUGUCAAGGGUCCACUUACUAUUUAUUUUUUAAAAAAUUGUUGGUGGCAUUAAUUUAAUAAUUCUUGUUUUUCACCUUCCUUCCCCGAAGAACUUUUCAGCCCUUCCACCUCCUUCUCCUGCUAGAUACAAAAGAUGUACAUAGUGAUUCUGUCCCCAGAGCAUCUGGAAGCAUUUCUGAAACAAGGUACUAUCAAAUACCUUCGUGUUGUUUUUAAACAUGAGUGUGUAUCGCGCUGCAGGGCUCUGUAUUUGGAUACAGGUGCAGAGUCUUACACUUCAACAGCUAGGCCCCUGAGGUUCGCUGUGACCCCGAGUCUCUUGCCAGAAUUUCCCCCUAAGUCAGCUCAGCAGCAAGUGGUAGGAUCUGCCUUCACGGCAUUUGCCCUGAAUGUCACUCAGCAGCAAGGGUCAGCAGCAAGCGUCAACGGUGGUGACUCCCAGCAGAGAAGUCCCGCAGCCAAACCUACAGCCCAAGGCUGGGGGCCAUGGAGGAGGCCACAGUGAUGCUGUCACGGGCUGGCAUCUUUACACUGAGUUGCCUUGUCCCAUCUGGCCCAUUUAGGGAGCUCUUUGCAAAAUCCUCCUCUGGCAAAAGAAGCCACAAGACAGCCUAUAUGAAAAGACAGAGGCGGAGAGUCAUGAUACAUCCAGAGGGUGAAAGAAAACCUUAAGGAAGGAGAAGGAGGGGAAAUACAUUCUCUACAGGGGAUGUUCCCACUGUUAACUCUGGGAAAGAUCACUCCUGGGGCAGCAGAGUUCCUCGGGCUCAUGUCCUCUGUCUGUGGCCUCCGUGUGAACAAGAUUAACUACACUUGUCACACAAGGACUUUUUUGGAGAUGUGCUGAUGGGCUGGGAGGCAGUGAGGCUGGAUUCCCCAUCUCCUCCUCACAGGGAUCUUGGCCUGAUUGCCUAUGGGCGAGGGGAGCCAUCACUACAGUGGUUCAGUUGGAGAAUGUCUGCAGAUGGGACAGUUCACCUCACAGGACAAUCCAGAAUCUGAUCACCAGAACAUAGGAACAGCCCCAUCAGAUUUCUUGAGCCAUUUUUGUCACUUGGAAGAAAAUAGUGUACCUUCAUAUUUAUUUAAAGAGUGCUCAAGGCCAUACCUAAUAGCAAUAACUAGCUCUAGCCACAAUAUACUGGCUACAUCGUUAGCUGGGAGUGCUCUCCAUAAGCUGAUUAAGGUACUGAUAGGAAUGUUUUGUUCUUAAUAUUGGUUGGGGAUUGGAACUUUGUUUUUGUACAUUUAUUUCAAAUGAGGAGGAGGUCAUUUUUCUUUAAAAAAUGAGUAUUUAUUAUUGUCUUACUGAUUUCUUUUGAACGUAUACCUCUCCUCCUCGUUCAUCCUCAUGUUUUUUUCUCAUCCUCCUUGACUUUGCUUUGCCCUCUCCACUCCUUUUUUAUUUUGUUGCAUAGGUAGAGUGCUAUAUGGCUAGCAUUGUAAUGUAUGUAAUUAAUUUUGCACAGAGGCAAACAUUUAGAAUAGUAGGUUAAUUUUGUUUGUUUUAUGACCAUGCCAAAAUAAUAUUCUGGGCUGGUGGAGAACAAAGGACUGUUCUUUAGGACUGAAACUUGAUUUCGCUUGUAGUAAAACAAAACAAAACAAAACAACAAAAAAACACACACACUCACAGAUGUUGUUUCGUAAGUGUUAUAAGCACUGGAUAUAAAUGGUAUUUUUUAUCACUUCUGACUAAUGUGAAACUGUUGUACGAAAACUACAUGAACAAAAGUCAUCUGUUUCGACUCGUGUGGGCUUGCCUCACAGUUGCCGGAUUUGAGUCAUUUUUAUGUCUUGUUAUUUCAUUUAUUUAUGCAAAAUACAUGUGUGUAUGAACACUUUGUUUUAGCUCCAGCUCUGCCCCAGCACUGGGGUUCAGUUACUUCUAGUCGUGCUCUCGAAAAUGAAAGGCUAUUCAGGAAUGAUCUGAUUGUAAACGCCCUUGCAUUGGGUCAAACAGUGAUGCUGUAUUUGAAUCUAAAUUCUGCGCAUAAGCAGUUUAUUCUAUUUAUUAGCCAAGUCUGGCUCUAAUAAUCCUUAGAAAUUAAGAAUGACAAUCAUAGGGAUCACUUCAUUUUCUUUGCAGUGGGGCUUAAACAAAGUUUUUUAUGACUUUACCAUCUCAUUUUAGAUUUUUUUUCUAAUUGUGUAAAUAUAACAUAGAAAUAGAAUUUAUUUUUGGUUCAUGAAUACUUAGUGAGAUAUAAGUUAUGUAUUUCCUUUUUGUUCUCUAUCCUUGUGUGUUGGUCCAGACUAGAAGUUGAGGAGUCACUGCACCGUGUGGGGGUAGUGGAUUACCAGCCACCAUGAGAGUGCAGAGUCCCACUGGCGCUGGGGCAAGACAGCCCCUCACUUGGGCCUCAUGCAGUUAGAACCCACUGUCCGCAGACUCAGACUUUGGCUUUUUUUCUCAUAGAAAGUCGAUGAAUGGAGCGUACCACAUGUCCAGGGCAGCUCGGGGAGAGUCUGUUUGCUUUGUGAAUCCACAUCAAUUGAGUAAGGUAACUCUGUGACCAUUUAUAGCAAGAAGCGUGAAUGAUGUUAUAAAAGCAAAAAUCUGCCCCUGAGAUUGGUCAUGAACUAAAGUCCCACCAUGCCAAUUAAAGGAAAUAUUAUUAAUAAA